AUGGCAGCCUCUGAUGAGGAGGACGACUACAUGAACAUGACCUUUGACGAACCCGCCCCCACGGCAAAAUCCCAACCAGAGACCUCCCUACAGCGUCGCCAGCGCCUGAAGCGCGAGGGUGAGAUCCGCGGACGCAUAAAGUCCAAAGAGGAGCUCGCGGCCGAGGAGGAGGUGGCGCGCGAGAAGGCGCUCUCGCGCUCCCUCCUCGAAGACGCGGCCGCCAAGAAGAGUAAAGGUUUCGCGAUGAUGGCCAAAAUGGGCUUCAAAGCGGGUGGCGCGUUGGGCGCCAAGACGGCAAACGGUGGCGGUGCUAGCGACGCGAGGACGGAGCCGAUUGCAGUUGAGGUCAAGGGGGACCGGGGCGGUAUCGGGAUGGAGAGCGAGAGGAAGCGCAAGGUGAGGGAGGCGGCGGAGAGGAUUGAGGAGGAGUUGAGGGAGGGCAAGAGGGUUAGGGUCGAUCCGUUGGAGUACCGGGACCGUGUGAGGCAGGAGAGGGAGGUCGCGAGAGUGCAGGCGCAGGUUUUUGCGGCGCAGAGGCUUUCCGAGAGGAUGGCGGAGGAGAGGGAGGGCGAGGCUGGUUUGCAGGUUAUUGACCGAAUUGAUGGCAAGGGGAAAGAUGAUGAUGGAGAUGAUGAUAGCGCGGACGGCAAGAAGAUGGAGGAGAAGAUGGAGGAGAAGAAGGAGAAGAGGCCGACGGCCGGCGCCGCGUCGAGACUGCUCAAAUCAAUCAACGUCCUCUGGAGGGGUCUAGCCAGACACCGCGAGGAGAAGGAGCGGGACCGAAGGAUGAGGUACGAUUUGGAGCAAAGCCUGUCGCGGCUGCCGACGUACGAGGACGACGAGGAAGAUGCGGACGAUCGGACGGCGUUGGGGAAGAAGCAGAUUGUCUACGUCACCGCGGACGACCUGGACGAGGAGGAUCCCGAGCUCGACCAGUUCAACGAGCUGGAGGAUGCCGAGAAAUUGAGACGGCUGGUGGAGUACCUGAGAAGGGAGCAUCGAUACUGCUUCUGGUGUAAGUUUACUUAUCCGGACGAUGAGAUGGAUGGAUGUCCUGGUGUCACAGAGGAGGAUCACGAUUAG